CGACAUAUCACGCUACUGAAGGACAAGAGUGUUUCUAAAAUUUAGGGGGAGAACAGUAUGGUUUAAAGACUGCAAACGAUAAGUGGUUCCUUCAAGCGCCAGACCCGGUUUAGGAGCUUUGACAUGGCUGUCUCGGCACUCUCUCAAGCUUUGCGAUCGUUAUCCCUGGUCAAGGUAGGCCUCCAGACAUUUAGCAACAUAGGAUUUAAUGCUCCAACCGGCUCGAACUCUUUGCUGCGCGUGUCCUCUAGCGGCAGUUGUUCACUCACACUGUGGCGAGGCUUUCUCACAACAGCACCGUUAGAGCAGAACAGAUCGCUAUGGAAACAGGCAAAGAAGUACACAGUACGUCCAACUGGCGUGAAGAAGACAGGAGGCAGAGACUACACUGGUAAGAUUCGCAGACAUGGUAUUGGUGGAGGACACAAGCAGUUGUAUCGGAUGAUCGAUUUCCAGCGGCUCCAUUGUGAAGAAAAUAAAGGGCAACCAACAUUUGAAGAGAGGGUCGUUGAGGUGCGGUAUGACCCAUGCAGAUCAGCUGAUAUCGCCCUGGUAGCUGGAGGAAAUCGCAAGCGAUGGAUCAUUGCUACAGAGACCAUGCAGGCUGGAGACCUCAUCAAAACAUCUGGGGUUAUUGGACGCAUGGCAGUCUCAGCCAAUGAAGGAGAUGCCUAUCCUCUUGGUGCCUUACCUGUAGGCACACUCAUUAAUAACCUUGAGCUUUAUCCUGGUAAAGGAGCUCAGUAUAUAAGAGCUGCAGGAACCAAUGGAGUGCUACUGCGUAAAGUGAAUGGAACAGCCAUUGUUCAGCUUCCUUCAAAACAACAAAUUCAGGUGCUGGAGACGUGCAUGGCCACCGUCGGUCGAGUUUCCAAUAUCGACCACAACAAGCGAAUCAUCGGCAAAGCCGGCCGCAACCGUUGGCUGGGAAUUCGGCCAUCUAGUGGGCUUUGGAAGAGAAAGGGAGGUUGGGCCGGACGCAAGAUUAAGCCUCUGCCUCCUAUGAAGAGCUACGUGAACCUACCCUCUGUUUCUGCUAAGGCGUAGAGACAUAGUCAGCCUGGCAUCAGUGUGAACGCUCGCUCAUACAGACAGAUUCAGCAGGGUCCACUGGCCUUGUCAUCUUUCAGUGACCUGCUGUGGUACAAUUGUGUUUCUCAUUUGGAAGCAG